GGCUAAGCGAGGAAGGGGGAUAACUUGCAGUACCAGGCAUGCCAAAUUUUAUCGCAUUGUACAGAGUUAGUUCCCCACCGACUUGAACGUUCCCUCAAGUGCUUUCUGAGUAACGUCUGGUGUUUCUUUCUUUCGCGUUGUUGUGUUGUUGUUUUUUUAUAAACUGCUCACUUGACUGCCACCAGCACAGCACAGUCUCCGUGUUUAGUGCAGUCUUGUUCUCACAUGGCGUAAUGACGUGAUCUUAGCGCUACAUAGACAUGGAUAUAGGCUCAGGGAUUUACGUACGGCUAGACCAACACAGAUAAACUAGACGUGUUCUCGUCUGCACGCGUUACUAAUUAAAAACUAGACCUAGAGUCUAGUGGUCUAUUCCCCUGCUUAUUAUCAGAUUGUCAAGAUGUACCGCCACUUGUCGUGUGGUCAAAUUGUUUGGACAGGGAGCAAAAGAAUCCUCAAACUCUGUCGGAAUGUCCUCUCUCUGAAGAACCUCUUCGCCUUGUUUCUCAUUUCCCUCUUCCUGGUCUGCAUCAACAACAUGAUUCUGGGCGGGAAGUUCACCUUGUCCACAUACCUGCGCAAAUCAAACAUCCUGGCCGUCAUGGUCGUUGACGAACACAGCAAAACGAGCGUGACACGCGACAAGGGCGCCACCAUUCCAGCGCAGAAGUGCGUGUUGCCCAAACUGGAGGUCAAUGACACUGAGAUGAAGAAGUUUUACAGCCCACAGGCGCCUGUCAAGUGCCCAGCGGUCGAAAUAGACUGGGUCUACGUGGACAACGGCACCCUGAAGUUCAAUCCCGAAGUGACAAAAACAUCUCAGAAUAGGCCGGUCACGUGCAACGUAUAUCCUUUGGUGCGCAAGCCGGGCGAUGACACCGUGGAGUGGGGCGCCAAAAUUCCGAACGUGAAAGACGGCUGGAGAUUGUCCUCUGAUUUCUUCAAAGUGGAGUGCCUGAGGCCAAGCAAAUUUCCGCGCUCGUACGUGGACAUACAUAUCGGCGUGGCGCCGAACGCCGCGGUGGAGAAGCGGUUCUCUGAGACAAAGCCACCAGCCAACGGCUUGAGUGGUCUCUCCCUGCUCGUCCUGGGCUUUGACUCUAUGUCAAGAAUGUCUUGGAUCAGAAGGAUGAGGAAGACCAGAGACUACUUUAUAGACACACUGAACGGGAUAGAAAUGGAAGGUUAUAAUAUCAUGGGAGACGGAACUCCUGCUGCCUUGUUCCCAAUGCUGACGGGCAAACAUGAAACGGAGAUGCACGAGGCCAGACGAAAGUUCAAAGGGGCCAAACCGGUGGAUGACUUCCCUUGGAUAUGGAAAGACUUUGAAAAAGCGGGUUAUCUAACUUCGUGGGCAGAUUCUGAAGUCUACAUGGCGCCAUUUAAUUUGAGACUCCUCGGCUUUCAGAAUCCUCCCACGGACUACUUCAUGAGGCCUUACUAUUUGGGCGUGGAGCUAUUGAGGAAGAUGAAGAGAUACAGACCAUACUGCAGGGGUUCCACCCCCAUCCACAAGAUUUGGCUGAAUUGGCCACGUGACUUGUAUUACAUGUACGGGAACAAGCCAAAGUUCAUGUUCCACUUCUACGCCACACUAAGUCACCAGGACAACAAUGAGUUGAUGAAGGCUGACCAGGAUCUCAUGCUUUUUAUUCAAGACUUAGAGAAGCGAGGAUAUUUGAAUCAAACUAUACUGGUCAUCAUGGGUGACCAUGGGGCCAGGUUCGCCAAGUUUAGGGCCAGCGUGUCCGGCAAGCUGGAGGAGCGGCUUCCGUAUCUGGCCUUUCGGUUCCCUCCGUGGUUCGAGCGGAAGUACCCGAAGCUGAUGUCCAACUUUAAACUGAAUACCAAACGCCUGGUCACCGCGCUUGACGUUCACGAGACCUUCAAGGACGUCAUCCGCUUCGACGGCGCCGGCGUUGGGAACCUUAAUGAGCGAGGGAUCAGCCUGUUUAAGGAGAUCCCCGUGGAGAGGGACUGCAGCCACGCAAACAUCAGCAACCACUGGUGCGGGUGUCUCAACUGGGAUUCCCUGCCUGUGGAUGAUGACAAAGUUCUCGCGGCGGCCAACACCGCUAUCGAAUUCAUUAACAACCUGACAUCGGAGUACAGGCCCUUGUGCGCGGAACUGAACUUGGAGGCCGUGACCUUGGCCAGCAGGGUCAUGCCCAACAAGGACAUGCUAAAGUUCAAACAGUCCUCCGACUUUGAUGGCAGGGUGGCAGAGUUCACAGAGAACGCCGACAACGCCACAGUGCUGUAUCAGGUGACUUUUUCCACAGAGCCAGGUCAUGGUCAGUUUGAGGUCACGGUCACAUAUUCCCCUAUCACCGAGGAAAUGGCAGUGGUGGAGAAAGAGAUAAGCCGAAUCAACGAGUAUGGCUCCGCCCCUGCAUGCAUCAUGGACAAAAACAGGCAGCUGAGACAAUACUGUUAUUGCAAGGGACAUAAGUCUUAAGAAAUCUGGGUCACGUGAUGUGCUGCUUUGAAAAUGAUUGGCUGACACGUUAGCUGAGUUACCUUAUCCAGGCGUAAUUUUAAGAUGUGAAACAGAAUCACUAAAACACUGUCUUAGAAAGAUUCAAAUCAUUUUGAAAGGUUAACUGUAUGCCACAUCCGGGUAGGGUCAAACCAGUGGAACCCUAACUGCCCACAAUCAACUCUACUGACUGUAUUAUUUUUUUUUUAAAUUGAUGGAUCAAAUGUUUUAAACGCACUCCAGUCUACAAAAUAAUCUUCAUCUCUCUCUCUUCUCUCUCUCUCUCUCUCUCUCUCUCUCUCUCUCUCUCUUCCAAUCUGUCAGUUUGUUUUUCUGAAAAAAACAUCUUUCUCUUUUUCAAAGCUAUAUCAACUCACUCUGUCUGACUGUCUGGUAAAAAGCUUUUACGCGUUAUUCCUGUCACACCCAAUCUACGAUCAAAUUGAAAUUUUGACAAAACAAUAGUAAAAAAAUUACCAAUUUCUAUUGGUAAUUGAUUAUUUUGUUUGUUUGGUAUGGAACAAGGGAAAGAAAUUGUACUUGGUAGAUGUGUUGGAAUAAGUUGAAUUUAUACUUUGUGGCUUAAAAGUGAAUCUAACAAUAGAUAAAAACCUUCUAUUUUCAUUAGCACUUCACUGGCACAGUGGUUAAAGUGUUGACUAGAGGAGGCUUGAGCCCUCCACUUCGUACAACUUAAAGAAAGCAUGGUAAGUUAUGGUAACAUUCACCCAGAUACCCCCUUCUUUCUCACCCCCCCCCCCCCUUUUCGUUUUCCUAACUGGUCCAGAUAAGUGAUAGGAUCACAGCGCAUUCAGAAAGCUACGAAAAAUGAAAUUUGGCUAAAGAAAAACAAUUGGUAAAAAUAUUUCUAAUUUCACAUAUUUAUUAUUGUUAGUCUAGAUCUAUUACAAAUUUAAUUACAAGACUGAUCCAAACUAGUUGAUAUUACUUUUAAUAUAAGCUUUGUUAAAAAAAAGUAUUGUUCAUAUUGUUCUUGUUCAGUUUUUCGUAUUAUCAUAUCAUAAAGACUAAGACAAUUUAUCUGAUCUUAAAAUGUUCAUGUCAUUACAUCUUGUCAUGGACAUUUAACGAUUUCAUAUCCCAGUGAGAGAAUGUCAUCUUCGCAUUAUUAUAAAUACCAUUUCCUGAUUGUCUUCAUCCUAAGAAAACUUCGUUCAGCUUCUUUUCAAAAUAUCGCAUAAUUAAUGAACUUAAUAUGCCCGCAGCGCCAGUCUGUCAUCAAAGAUGGUGACAUUUCGGAGCUCUUGUUAAAUUAGAUAUGACAUCUCCCGCCUGACAUCCGAUAGUGCCAGGUGUUUUUGAAUUACAAUCGAGUCUUCCAACCCUCCUUGACAUGUUGACAGGCUCGGUUAGAGUGCCAUUUACAAAGUGUAGCGGAGAGCCGCCCUUGUUUUGUGUGGAUAGUGUUUUGACUCGUGGAAAUUCUAGAUUAUCCAUUUUUUUUAAUUUAUGAUUUUCUGCUGUUUUGAAAAUGUUUUCCUUGGUUUCCAUAAACAAAUGUUUUCUGUCGUUUUCAUGUUCUUUGUUUGUAGAAAUGUUUUCCCAAUAGUUCGCAUCUCUGUUGGCUGACCGCAUGUGGGUCACUUUAAAUAACAUGUAAAGAGCGAAUCUCAGCGUGAGCAGUCUUCUUUAUACUAAUCGUAAGUUGUCUGGUGACGAUGAUUUGGGAUUCGAGUUAGGUUAAAAAAAAAACAACUUUGGUCUUUAUAUAUUUAUUGAAAGCAAUUCAGUUAAAAGUGAAUCCUUAUUCAUUAUCCUUAAUAUCAGGGAGAGUUCAGUUAGUCAAGAAGGAAUUAUCCCCCUUCUUGUCAAUGUAAUGUAAUGGAUUUAAAUUAUGUAUUCUCUCUGUUCUAUUACAUCUGAAUAAUUACCUAUAUAUAUGCUUCUCAUUAGUUGGAAUUUAGAAUGGAUCUUUUCUGCUUAUAACUAUACUGUGUCAAUACUGUCUAUACUUUUAUUCAUCAUAAUUUUUUUUAGAAAUCUUAUUUAUUUUCAUUAAAGAACAUUUAGAUCUAGUUUUACUUUUUUUUAAAUUCCAAGAUUGUCGUUUUAUAGUUUUGCACCAACUGGAUACCAGUAGUCUACCCCCCCCCCAAACCACUAAAUUAUCUCCCCUCGUUUACAAAUUACAAUUUAUUAAGACUGUUCAAUCUAAAGUUUCGCGAGGUCGUCUUCGUGUAAUUACCCGCAGUCCCCUGGGCGUAAGUUUACAUUGAUUUGUUUUCUCAUUUCGCUUUAAAGUCUUAUUUCUUGCGGGGUUUUGUUAGCAACAUAUUCCCACAUUGAUGUCAAAACUAAGACCCGCGGGCUGAGUCCGGCACGUGAAGUGAUGUAACCCCACCCUUCUGCCAACAACUCAUUACGAAGCCGAGUUUAUUUUUUUUUCGGUUCUAUUCUUCUUCUUCUUCUUCGUUCUCAAUAUUAUUUUGGAGGGUUCAGGCGACUAGACCAUUAUCUUCGUGUAUACCAUUAUCUAAGAUGACGAUUUUUUUUCCCGUAAUGCAGCCCGCGAUAGUCGUGUGGCAUUUAAUAUGUCCUCACAGGUCGAGACUAAGUUGGACACCCCAAUCCUACAAUAAUAUAUCACCUUUAGGUCGAGACUAAGUUGGACACCCCAAUCUUACAAUAAUAUAUCACCUUUAGGUCGAGACUAAGUUGGACACCCCAAUCUUACAAUAAUAUAUCGCCACCUUUUGUCUCAUUUUAUUUUUUUACAAUUUUUUUGUGUUAUGACAUCUUUCAAUAUUUUAUCUUAAUGGGAGAUAAGCUUGGAGGCAGAUGGCUAUCUCCCUUGUGAAACAUUGACGACAUUUAUUGCUGAAUAACUGCUGGUGUUUGAUGUUCUUGUUUUGUGAGAUGCGGCUGCUCGAUAAAUAGUCCAUAUAACAGUUACACUUAGAUUCUAGGUUUUAAACCUAGUGGGAUUCACUGCUGUGUGGGGCAUUAUUUUCUCCAGUUUGUUUGAUGUUGUCAAAACUGUGCCUGCUUAAUUGAUUGGGAAUAAACUGGUUCUUCAAAUCUUUGUUUUGAGUUGGAGUUAAGGAACUUGAAAUUCCCCUGAUAUUUAUCUUACAAAUAAUUCAGAUUUACUAACAUGUGUGUUUUAUUUGUACACGCCUCAUGAUUUGACCCCUGACACGACACACACACCACCUUAUGACCUCAUCACACUUGACCCCUAACACAUUUGUACACUACACACGCCACCUUAUGACCUCAUCACACUUGACCCCUAACACAUUUGUACACUACACACGCCACCUUAUGACCUCAGCACCCUUGACCUCUGACAGUUGUACACGCCACCUUAUGACCUCAUAACCUUUUGACUCUGUCACAUUUAUACACUACACACACUCAUAAUCUCCGACGCUUUGUCAUUUUCCCAUUUAUUUAAAUGUUGAAAUAGCCACCCCUCUAACUUAUUUAUUUACACAACUGUUGUAUUAUUAUCUCUUGAAUAAUGUAUCAUUUAAUUCUAAUGAUGCAACAUUAUUUGAUCUGUUCAUGUGUUACAUUAACUGAGCUCUAUGUGCUCUAUAUCAGAUAUAUAUUUCCUGCUCUGUGUUAUAUUACUGUAUGAUUACAUUGAAACCAUUUUACCUUUAGUCAAGCGUUAUUCAAAUGAAAGUAUUUUAAUGUUAUUUUUUUAUUUGAAAUUAUAAUAUAAACAUACAGGUUUGUUUACCUUU